AUGUUAUUCAACUUACCUCUUAAAUAGACAAGACCUGCAGAUCUUCUCAAGCCAGUCGAGUAGGCAAUUCUUAAUUGCUAUGGAGAACCCACUCUCUUCACUGAAAUUAGGGAUGUAGUAGAGAAAACCUAAAAAUUGAGAUAAAUUUUGGAUUAUGAGAAGAUCAACUUGAGUAUUGCUACUGAUCCUUUGACAUCAGAAAACCUAGAGAACAAUCUUCUUGAAUAUCUGAAGAACUUUUCUUUGCUAUUCAAGCAUCUAAGAUUCGAACAAGGAGAUUAAAGAUCCCCAUAAGUGAUGUUCAAUUGGAGUGACAGCUAUGACCAUAAAAGAAGCUGUCAAUUGAAUUCUGGUAGAUUAGAAUUGAUAUCUUAAUAUUACAAUCUGAUAAUCGCUUACUACUACCAAGCCAAUAGUAAGAUUGUAAAAGAUACAGACCCUGAUCGUAAGGCUGCAUAUACCAAACUUAGAAAUGGGUUAUGGGCAUUGGAACAAUUAAAACAAAAUAUUCAUGGAUUAUCUAAAGAUUCAGUAUCCUAAUUGUAUGAUAUUUAAACUCUAAAUUUGGAAUUUCUGGAACAUGCUUUCUGUGGAUUGGCCUAUAAAGCUUUAUAUCAAAAUAUGAUGUCACAAGUGAAGACUUUCGGACUUAAUAAUGUUUGUGGGACAAUCUUUGAGGCUGCAAAGGAAUUCACAAUCGCUUUGAAGGCUGUUGAGGGAAUGAAUUCUUAAUACUAGAAACAAAUUGGAAAAAAUGUUCUUUCUCAAAUUUUACCCACAAUUCAAUUUAAUCAAAUAUGGACAACUGUUACUGGGUGUAUAUAGAUGGGAGUGUUUCAUUAUGGAAAAAUAUCGGAUGAAUCUAGAGGCUAAAACAUGGGAAAAGCAUUGGGCUUUUUGACUCAUGCUCAAUAAUUGUUAUUACCAAUCAUUAAUGACAAGAAUGCCAGCAAGACAUUCCCACCAGAUUAACUGGAUCAAUUGAAGUAAUUGAAUUAACAAUUAACUUAAUUGUUUACUGAAUAUAAUUACAAGAAUCAACAAAUAUACAAAGAGUAACUAAUUGCCUAAGAUUUAUUGCCAUACCCCCCUUUGAUGGAAUAAAUUAGACUUAAACCUCUUGAACCUCCAAGUUUCAAAGAACCAGUUUAUGGAGCAAAUAAAUUUUCAGGUUUUAUAUCAGAAGAAGCCUUAUAAUUGUCUAGGGAGAUCAAAAUGUUUGUGGAAUAAACAAAAUUCUCCCUUGAAGAAUCCUUAAGAUUGCUAUUUGAUCAAAAAAAUCAAGCAUAUGCAGAAACCUAUGUCACCUAUUUUAUUGAUAUGGCCCAACAAAAACAACUUGAUUAAGGAGGAAUACCUCAAGGCAUCUAAGAAAAAAUUGCAUACAUAAGAACUAGAGGGUGUUUAAGCGGAAUAGAGAAGAUAAUGGAACAAUCUAAAUAAGCAUCUAUUACUUGCAAUUAAUUGUUAGGUCAAAUUGAAUAGUUAUUAUUGGGGGAAUAGCAACAGGAUUAGGAAAAUAGAACUAAAUAUGGUGCCAAAUGGACAAGAAGUCCUUCAACAUAAUUGAAUUAACAAUAUUUCAAAUCCUUGUAAGACCUCAAGGGUAAAUACUCAUUAGCAUAAAAGAUCGACUUUGAUGUGAUAAGUGGUUUUGAAAAGUGCAAAGAAACAGUUAUACUUGCUGCAUAAAGUGAUCAAGUCAUCAUUCAGAAACUCCCUAAAAGUAAUAAUAAUUCAGAUUUCGUAAAUCAAAAUGCUUAACUUUUUGGACAAUUGACCAACUUAGAUUAAUAAGUCAAUUCUAUUGUUGAUUAAUUAAAGUUCUUGAUCCAAUAGUAUAAUCAAGCAAUGCAAGAAAUAAAUGUUUCUAAGAUAGCAGUCCAAGGAUUAAAUGAUGGAGUCCCCAAAAAUUAAAUUUUCAAUGCUGCCCUUUAGAAUGUUUAAGGUUUUAUUGAACAAUUUAACAACGAUAUGAACUAAGUCUCAGAAUUGAUCUCUUAAGUUUGCGGAAUUGCCAGAGAACUCUCAAAUUUUAAGAAGCAAUCAGCUGAAUAGGUGUAAUAAUCUGGAUAGACUAAUAUCUUUGCAAGUGCUUAAUAAGCAAUUGACAACAUUGACCAUUCAGUUGUCUUCUAUGAGCAAUUAAAAAUGCAUUUAGAAGAAUAAGAUAGAAAAGUCAAGGACUUCUUGAUGGCACGAAACCUGGAAUCAGAACAAUUAGUGUAAUAAUUCAAUCAAUAAUAAACAUACCAAUAAUCCUAGAAAAACUAACCUCCAGUGCAGCCAUAAUAACCAUAAUAGCCAUUGUAAUAAUCAGGAUAUCAAUACCCUCCAUAUCCAAACUAACCUUAAUAUCCAUAAUACCCAUAACCUAAUUAUCCAUAAUAAUCUAAUGUAAUUAAUCAUCCUUUAGCAAAAAAUCCAUAAAAUUAACCACCCUAACAAUACCCAUAGCAAUAAUAAUAUCCGUAAUAAUAACAAUAUCCAUAAUAAUAACAAUAUCCAUAAUAAUAGCAAUAUCCAUAAUAAUAAUAAUACCCAUAUGCCUAAUACCCACAACAAUAAUAGUAAAAUUACGGAUUAUGGGGUUAAUAAUAAUAAUAAUAGAAAAAAUGA